CAUUUGAAGUCCACGCUCAGCCAGCACUGUGGUUGGUUCAAACGCCGCCUUCACACUGCUAAUGCAGCUAUAAUACAUUACAGCUAGCUUUAAACUGAAGAAAAAAUGGGAUUUUGAUCGUUUAAUAAUUGAUAAAGUCUUGUCUGUGGAGACAGUGCGGGAUGCUGCAUCACAAUGGGAAAUAUUUUUGGCAAAAAGAAACGGAGUCGAGUCACAGAACAGGACAGAGCUGUUUUGCAACUGAAGCAGCAGAGAGAUAAACUGAAGCAGUAUCAGAAGAAGAUCACUCUGCAGCUGGAGAAGGAGAGACAGCUGGCCAAGCAGCUGCUGAAAGAUGGCAAGAAGGAAAAAGCUCUCCUGUUGCUGAAGAAGAAACGCUUCCAGGAACAACUUCUGGACAAGACUGAGAACCAGAUAAGCAACCUGGAGCGCAUGGUUCAAGACAUUGAGUUUGCACAGAUAGAGGCGAAGGUGAUUGAAGGACUGAAGGUUGGCAAUGACUGCUUAAAGAAAAUGCAUGAGGUGAUGUCCAUAGAAGAGGUGGAGAGGAUCAUGGAUGAGACCCAGGAAUCUAUUGAGUACCAGAGGCAAAUUGAUGACAUUCUGGCGGGCUCUCUGACACAAGAGGACGAGGAUGCGGUAUUAGCAGAGCUUGAGGCUAUCACUCAGGGAGAUAUUGAGCUUCCUGAGGUGCCUGAUGAGCAACUACCAGAGAUUCCAGAUCAAGAGCCAGAGCGGGAGAAGGAAAGGGUGAAGAAGAAGCCGGAGAGAGAGCUGUUGGCUUUGUAGAGCUUCGCCAAUGCACUUUUAUAUUGUUCCUGUAACUCCUGGGUGUAGAUGACAACUCACUCCUCUCUAGAAAAGGAACUUUCUAGAUGCAUUCAAGAAAAUUCCCUUAAACGUGGGAGCUUCGUUUACGGCCCAUCAUAGAUCUUCUUUUAGAUCUACGGUCCAUCACAUGGGGCUUUUCCACUGGACAGUACUGUACUUACUAAACCCAACCUAGAACUGUUUGUUUCCCAUACAGCGAUAGCCGAGUUUCCAGGUCUGACCUUUUACUUGUUGUUUUAUAUGAAUUGACAGACAACUCUGCUCUUGGUGGAAAUUUUGAGAGACCCUAUUACGCUCUGCUGUAUGGUCGUGAUAUUAUUUAAUAUAUUUUUUUUCUUUUUCAAAUAGGAAUCUGUCUCAAGUGACAAUUCUAUAACUAUUAUGUCUGACCAAUCAAUGGUGAGCACUAUUUCUGGUUUUGCUUAGUAACUGAGUGUUUAAUUGUGGUACAGGUCAAUUGAUGAAAGUAAAUAACACAAAACAGGAUCGCUGAUUUCUUGCCGUACCGCACUGUCCAAUGGAAAACGCUUGAUUCUCUCUUGUGUAUUUCUCAAUGCCUGGUCUAAUGAAAAAGUUGUUUGUUUUUUCCUAGCAUUACUUUGUUAACUAAAUAUGUCAUCAUUAACCUUUUCAGACAGGCGAUAUUUUUAAUCUUACCUUCAAGGUCUUUUUUUGAUUUAACCCUAUACGUAAACCUUCUGGGCAGGUAUAAGGCAGUUUGUUCCCUCUGGAUAAAUUGGGAACAAUUUCAUCAGAAGAAUUAUCAUCCGGACUUGUAAUAAACUGCACCUGAGGCUUAUAUCAGUAUCUUGUCACAAUUGUAGGCUAAUUACUGUGUAAAAGCUCCUCCACUUUAUUACCUCUCUACACAGGUGCUUACAGCACUCCCUUCUGCUUUAGGAGGAUUGCGUCUGUUGGAUUUGAAGGUUGUAUUCCUGUUCAGAGUAAGCUCCCCAUUUUAACAUUGCCAAUGAAUGCUGUCAUACUUUCAUUUUUAUCUCACUGAUUUACAUGAGCCUUUUUUUCCUGGCUCAGAGUUUAUUUUUUAAGAAACAGUAAUCAUAUCUUAAACCCAAAGUUAGUCCUUCCCCAGCAUACACAAGCCAAUAAAUAGACUUUUUUUUCUCUAUUGUGAGUUAUCUCUAUCAUGUUGGACUACACUCAGCUGCUCUCAGAGCUGUCCCGCACUUCUUCAUAGUCUUAAAGGUCUGAUUGAUUAUACAAUUUCAUUUUGUUAUUUUGCAACAAUAAAAUUAUUUUUAAUCA